AUGCCUGGACCAAGGAAAGGACGAAGAACUUUGGAGGCAGACGACAAAGUUAGUGUGUUUACAAUUUCGGAUAGUAUACAUCACUAUCAAAAUCUUAUAGAUGGGGAUACUCACCUUCGGGAAGAUUUAAGCGGUGAACUUGCCAGUGUGCGUAAAGAAGCUGCUGUUUUGCGCUCAUGUUGUCAUCUUACUGACUCUUCACAGACGUCUGAUUGCUCAGCUUAUGCUGACGCUGAUACAAUCGCUACAGCAAUGGUGUCUGUGACCAGCUUUUCUAUAACUAAUCAGUCGUGUAACCUGACGUCGUCCCAAGCUACAAUCGUUCAAUUACGAGGAGAAUUAUUACGUCAUAUUAGAUUUUCAGAAUAUCUUGAAAAUGAAACCAAAGAUUUGAGGGAAGCAAUCAUAAGGGAAGCACUUGAAAAGGUAAACGCACGCUAAUCAACGUUUGUGUCUUUUACUAGUACCUUAUUAUUAUUCCCUUGGGUUUUGAGUGGAACAUAGCACGUGAGUCAAUGCACAUGUCUAUUUCACUAUGUUCUUUGUAUUUUUUUAUCUGGCUUUACGAUUGUCCAUAGACUUUCAUUGCUUCUUCACACCGAUUUUUUCUCUAUGUCACUCUUAUACCUACGCCGGUCUCGCAUUUCCCCAUCCGGGUUCCACUGCAGGACCUGGUGCGUGAUUUCACUCAACAGUCACCUCAGUGGUGUGUCCAACCAAUCUUCAGAAUAUUCACUUGUCGAUGGGUUCUUGGUUGAUUCGUUCCCUUGUUAUUAAUCCUUUCUGACCGGACCGGCCAUCUGACCUUCAGUACGUAGUGGAGGCAACUGUUGACAAAAGUUUAAAGUAGCCUGUUGGACAUGCUUUCGGUGACGCUCCAGGUCUCUGAACCAUAUAGAGGAACUAACUGACUUGAGUGAAGUUUCUGUUUUCACCUUGAGGCGUGAGCCUAGAACCCCUACAUCGUACCUAGGCCUGUUUUGUUAAACAAGCUUACUGGGACACUUCCUUGUAGAGUGUUGGACUAGUAUAGCAGUAAGUGCUUGUAUUCUUACUUCUCUGAUAGGUAACAGUACAGUGUAUAUGGUAGGUAGUCCUUCACUGCUCUACUCACUCUAGCUGGUUUUCCUCAAUCAAGCUGCUCUUCUUUCUCCUUUUGUGUUUUCUUUCUCAUUAAGUGACUUAUUUACCUCAGUUUGAUGAAAACAAUUUCCCUAAGUAUAACGAUGAUCUGAUUGUUGCUACGUGCGUUACUACUCUGCGAGAUUGUUCCAAAAUAACGUUUUAUUGGAAAUUGGUCAGCAGUCCUUGUUAAAUUGUCUUAAGCUAAAUCCCUGUAAAUAUCAAGAUGUUAAUUUCCCUUACAGACAAAAGUGCGACUGCUAUAAAACUGGUUCGUUCGCCUGGUUCCACCAUCAUAGAUGGCACAGACUUUGGGGUUAAAUCGAAUGCUAAAUAAAACCUCGGAUUAUGUUCCUCCUUUGAUCUUUCCUCGUCUUCCCAGAUCACGUUAAUUGAGAGAGUUAAGGGGACAGAUUUCGUUCAACAUCCUACUGAAGACAUUUAAAAUGGUCUGGUAUCAGUCAGUGUCUACUUUGUAAGUUUGUUAAUACUUGUAUUCUACCUAUGCUUUUCCAUUGUUCCCCACAGCUUGAUCUUUCGUGGACUACCUGAAAAGGACUUUGUUACACUGUGAAGGACACGGAAAAAACUCAUUAGGGCGAGUGUUAUGUUGCGAAACCAACUCGUUAAAACCGCUGUUGUUAACAGACAAAUGGUUUCAUGCAAUAAACUUGGCGAAUAUUGUCCUGUCAGACCCUGCGCAUACUCUCUACACACAGCUCUCCUUGCAUCUAUCUCAUCAGGUAGAACUAGACGCAAUUAUAGAAGACUUUAUGACAGUAUAAAAAAAUCUACACCACCUUAUUUGUCAGAUACACAUUCUUUAUCUAAUGAGAAAAGUGUGUCAGGCAUGAGACUAUUAUUAACUUACUGCGAAACACAGGGAAAACGAC